AUGGACAUAGAUAGUAUCAGUUGUUUGCACAAAAGCCUCAAGGAAGGGUACUGCUGGUUGCUACAAGAUUUGAAGGAUGAGUUUCACAAUCACAAUCAAAGGAUAUCUGUUUUUCCAAGACUAAUACUUAUUAACUCCAGAAGCAUCCAUAGCCAUAGGAAUGAGGGAGAGGUGACACGUGGUUUUUCAGUUAACAUAACCUUAAUUAAUCCCUCUAGUGUUUGGUUGGCCUACAAAUACUCAAAGUCAUAUGAAAGACCCGAUUUCUUCUUCCUCCCUCUUCAUCAGAUCGCAAGGAAGUGGAGCCAUAAUCCCUCUGAAGCCAGAUGGCGAACUCUACUUACCGGGUCGAUACCACGUCCCGUCUCGCUCAAUGACAUAUCAAUGAUUUUGGGUCUUCUUACCGAAAAUCUGAUUCUUUCAAGAUCAACAACCGGAACUGGUUUAUUGGCCAAGGGAUAAGCUGUCAUUAUUGAGAAUUUAAAGAAAGUUUCAUGCUGCAUACCAACUGCUCGAUAAAAUGCUUAAAUCAGAAUUUGUGAUUGAAAUGGCUUGAAGAAUGACUUGAAGAACUGAUGGGAAAAGUUUGAAGAAUGAAUUAAAGAAUGAUCACACUCAAUGUUUAAGAAUGUUGUUAUUUUUUAAGAGUUACACUUGU